AUGAAAUAUUCAUUUGCUAUUCGUUACUACCUCGAGUCCUCUGUAGACAGUGAGAUGAUGAAACGCUUCAAGUCAGGCGAAUCGCGUCGGACACGAAUUCCCCUCUCGUACAUCCCCGAAAUGCCCCAACUUAGCCCCGAUACCUCGGUGCAAGACAUUUACCACACGGCAUGCCAUAUCCCCUUUACCUUCACUGUGCUUUCCUUCCCUCCGACCAGUUCUCCACUGGGUACAUUUACCAUGGUCUCGAUGGACUUUCCCGCCGCGAUCUCCACGAUGUCGUCCAUCGAUGGAGGGAAUCGACGGGAUAUUUUGAUGAUGUCUGGAGGGAUGGAUCGUUGGUGGUCAUAUCGCGCACUUCGGAGACCCCAAGGACGGCCGUGCCGGGGUUCUUCCGGGGUCGAAGGGAGUGCUCCAGUUGACGAUGGUGACGGGGGUGGCAGCCGCGCUGUGGAUGGAGACGGUGGUGGGAACGGCGGGCUGCGACACGGGCACAACGGGCGGGAACAAAGGGAUAGCGAGAGAAGGGGGUGA